CGGCAUCCGUGACAGUGUCAGCCAGUCCACGGUGCCACAUGCCAGCUGCUGCCCUCCGUGCACGCCACGCAGCUGAUGGUGAGGCUCCAGUCCCCCGCUCCUCCAACACACUCACCAUCAACAACAAGGCGCAGUGAACAUUUACUUAGUAACGCGGAAGGUCACAAACUGCCGCAGGGCAACGCGAGGCGUUUACUUGUGACAGUGAGAGAGAGACAGAGACCCAGGCAGACAGAGAGACUGAGACGGGCGUUGCUGUACCACAGAGGGAACCUGGAGGUGUGGGUGCCAGUGAGGAGGCACUGUAGUGGUGGGAGAGGAUAGUGAUGGACCCGCACUGGAGUGCCACGGGGACCGCGCCACAGUGUUCUCUAAUGUCCCGCCAACAUUGAUGCGCUGAUGACUGAUUUAAUGAGUGAUUCAUCCUCUGUGUCGGCCAACGUGUGUGUGGGUGGUGUGGGAGACCCAGUAGAGUGGACCCGGGCCUCGAAGCUCCACUGGCGUGUACGCCACCACCAACUGUCAGCACAAGGCGGACUAAAAUGACCCCGACUUGCGUAACGGCGUGGCUCUCUGUCAGCGUGUUGCUGACCCCGGCAUGUGCAGCAGCGGAGAGCGUCCAGGGACACAACGAGGUGGUGGUGCUGGAGGGGCAGGAGGCGGACCUUCCCUGCGUCACCACGCCCACCCUGGGUAAUGGCCACGCCCCCCACCGUCGCCACCUCACCCCCACCAUCACUGAUGACCACCUUCAACGGCCACAGCUCAUCCUCUGGUACAGAGAAGGUGUCAGGUCCACUAUAUACAGCUACGACGGCCGUGACAAAGGAAGAGAGCGCCACUGGUCCGAACGGCGCAGCCUGGGCGGAGCGCUGACUCUGACACUGCCGCCCACGCCUCGCUCCCGCCCACAACUGGCCUUCCUCAGGAUCACCCACGCCCAAGAGUCAGACGCGGGCGUGUACAAGUGCCGCGUGGACUUCUACCGCGCCCCCUCCAGGAACACCCACACCAAGCUGGUCAUCGUCGCGCCCCCGACGGAGCCCAAGGUGGAGGUGUGGACGGGCGGGCGGUGGGUGGAGGCCGACCACGGGACCGCUGCAGCGACAGUGGAGGCGGGCACCAGACUGCGCCUGCGCUGCUCCACCACCGGAGGUCGGCCGGGUCCGACGGUGACGUGGUGGCGCGGGGGGCAGCAGCUGCUGGGGGAGGAGAAGACGCCGGCGGAGCAGGACGAGGGGACGUCGGAGGUAGUGAGGAGCUCCAUUAGCGUGACUGUGAGGCCUGAGGACGCCCACACGCCCGUCGUGUGCCAGGCCACCAACACCCACCUGAUGCCGCCCCUCAGGACCCCGGUACACCUGCUGGUCCUCUCGUCGCCGUCGUGGGUGCGCGUGGUGGGGGCGGACAAGCCCAUGUCUGCCGGCGUGAGCUACACAGUGGAGUGUCGCAGCAUGGGCGCCACUCCUCCCCCGGUCCUCACCUGGUCCGUCGGCGACCAUCAGCACAUUCACGCAUCAUCCACGACGAACGCGGAGGGGGAGACAGUGAGCCGCCUGGUGUACAAGCCUCGGGCCGCCCACGCCGGGUCACACCUCACCUGCACUGCACGCCCACCAGACCACGCCUUCGCCUCCCAGACCACGCCCAAGAUCUGGGUCAAGAGCGACUCCGUCCCUCUUAAUAUUAUGUACAAGCCGGAGGUGGAGUUGGACCUGCAGCGGACCAGGCCUUCCUCGGCUGGCACUGACGGCGCUGCAGCCGACGCCAAGCCCCCACGACGCCGCCCGCCAUUCUCUCCUUCUCUUCACCGAACCAAAGAUCUGUUUCCUUCUGACAUGGGGUUACCGAAGUCCACUUCUGCGGCGACGGCGAAGCGAGACGAAGAUGGGAAGACCCAGAAAAAGCUGGAGAAUGGCGGCGACGACGACGGAGAGGACGAAGCAGACGAAGACGAAGCGAGAUUGGUGGAAGGAGAGGGCGCAGUGCUCCAGUGCCACGUGAGGGCCAACCCACCUGCGUAUCACGUCAGUUGGAGCAAAGAUGGCGCCCCCCUCUCCCCAGGGGCGGGCGGGGGCCUGGUGGUGGGGAACAUGAGCGUGGUCUUCCCCAACCUUCAGAGGAAGGACGCCUCCACCUACACCUGCACAGCCCACAACGCUGAGGGCUCCACCCGCAGCAACCCUCUACAGUUGUUGAUCGUCCACGGCCCCGAGUGCCUCCGUGACACUGUGCAAGUUCUGGGAGUGCCACGCCACCAUGCCCUCAAUGUAACCUGUCAGGUGGCUGCCUAUCCCCCGCCCAAAAGCUUCUCCUGGGCUCUCAAGUCCACCCGAGGUCUCCUGCAAGUCCCCGAGGAGAUGAUCACCUUCGUCGGUUCCACCUCCUGGAUCUCUUACACCCCGCGGGCUGCUGUGGACUACGGGGAGCUGCUGUGCUGGGCCCACACCGCCACAGGACGCCAGAGGGAGCCCUGCGUGGCCCGCCUAGUGCCAGCAGACAAACCCGACGCCCCCGAGCAGUGUGGAGUGUCCAGGGCAACUGCUCACACCCUCACCGUGACCUGCACAGCCGCUCACGACGGAGGCCUCCCGCAGACAUUCUUCAUGACGGUAUUCCUCGCGGAAAAGCAAGUGUCCAACAUUUCGAGCGUCAGCUCAGAGAUAACCGCGUAUGACCUGGAGCCCGACACCCAAUACCGCCUCGCCCUCUGGUCCGCCAACACCCACGGCACCAGCAGAAGAACCACCCUCUUUGGCACCACAGCUCCCUCUAACACCUCCACCAGUAGCAGCAUGAACGGCCACUCCAACACGAGGAAGGGCCCCAUAGCCAUGUUGGGGCCGUCCUUAGUGGCGGUGGUGGUGGUAGUAACGGUUCUGGGGGUGGUGAUGGGUGUUGUGCUAGGAAUCCUCACCCAGAGAAUCUCAGUGCCACAAAGAUUCUCCCAAGUGGCCGAAGACGAGGAGGAACCACCACCUCCUCCCCAGCAAGUCACAAGUCGCUCGCGUGUAAACGUUGGGCGCUUAGGAAAAGGCAGCCACGGUUUUAUAGAAGCCCUCGGGAAGCCACCAGCACGUUAUAGUAUCACGUCAAUUGCCCCUUACGAGAAGGACUCGCAUGUUUAUGAUGACCCCGUUUCGCUGAGAACAGGGCGAGCACAACUAGAAACACUCGUAGCAGACACCAAAGUUACCCCUAAUAAUGAGUAUUCUCCGUUUUCUUCAAUAGCCACCGACCCGGACGCCCACUCUCGGUUCUCCUCGUGGCAUCUGCCAAACUCCCGCCUUCUGCGUAGCAAAAUUGACUUAAGAGUUCCAAGCAAACAAUUUCUACGGAAACCAGUGAGAGUCGAGCCACCCAAACCUCCGGCCAUAGACAUCUGUAAGUCCAUCACUCCAACAAGGACAAAGGCCGUGCCUUCCUUGGAAUUUCGUUUAAUUUUAAUUCCCGAAACAAGCAAAAUGCUUCAGUUUGCCAUAGAGAGAGACACCAGGCUGCUAUCAUAUUUAUCCAGAGACUCGACAGUAUCAAGCUCUUCCCCAAAGUUCACAACUAUAACUGAAGAGCAAAACGCUAAACCUCUGAGAAUUAAAGCAGAUCUGCAGACCCACCAGAAUUACUCUACAUUAGUUACUCCUUAUGAAUCCAUUCCUGUUCACAGGAGACUGAGCAUAGAAAACGACAAUCUCAGAAAGAAUUCCACAUUGAAGCCCAUUCAGGAGGAUGAUGCUCUUGAGAAUACGGCUAUAAACCACGAAGAAAGUACACAGCGUCUUUGCACGAACACCGACAUCAACGGGAACGCAAGACCUGCUUCCCCAAUUAACACAGAUAUCCAGAGGCAUCAGAAAACGACAAACGUCGACCUCAGCGACUAUGAUAACUUGGAAAUCGUCCCCAGCAGCGCGCCGUCUCUGGCGGAAGAAACGACUACGAGCGACACAGCCGGAGUCAGAACACCAGCCACAGCAUACAGCACAAGAUCAAUAUUACACAGAAAUGAAGACCAAAAGAAACCCUUUAGCCUGCAACCUCGACCGUACAGCAUUCCCAACAGCAACCCGAAGAGGGUGAGGAUAGCAGACGAACACUCUGAACCAACGCCCACCAGAGACUGCCCACUCUUCCCUGGGCCAAGAGUGAUGAGGGUCCCAGGGGGCGGUGAGGGCCGGUAUGUGCCCUUCAGUCCCAGGGCGGGCAUGUUAGGCAGGCACCACCUCUUUGGGCAGCCACUGGCCAGCAUUAAGCGUGGUCUCAAGACUCCGACACCCCCAUCUUCGAGACGCUUCACGGAGCUCCUGAUCCCCGUAGGAGGCACCAGCAGCCCGCAGCCCCACACGCCAUCAGCCCCAUCAGCACUUCGGAAGCCCAGACGCGCUAUCACGUCUCUCUUCAGCCUCUCUUCGUCUUCGUCGUCGUCGUCCUCCUCUUCUUCCUCUUCCUCGUCUUGCUUCAGCAGAUGGGGCAAGAGGUCCAGAGAGGCCACUCCAUCACCCUACACCGACUUCAGGAGACAUGGCAGUGCGCACAAAUCCUCCUUCAGGAGUCUGGUAUCACGACCCCGCAGUACGCACAUGUCGUCGGGCCCCGAACAUGCAUUCCAGUGUUGUGCGGACAUCGACUGGUACUCCUCCACCUGCUCCUCCCCGAGGUCAUCGUCUUCGUCGUCUUCGUGUCAGCCGCAUUCCUCAUCGUCCUCGUCACCCGUGUCGUCAUUCUACUCGUCCGAGAACUCUCUCUCCAUCUCCGCGUCCUUGUCUAACUCGUCCUCGGCGUCCUCCUUCCAGUUCACGUCGUCAUCGUCAUCUACGGCUUCAAGUUCCCCUUUCUCCUCCUUCCUCUCCCCUUCUCUCACCUGCCCAUCAUCCUCGUCCUUCCUGUCUCUUGCUUCGUGUUCGACCUCUCCAGAUUCCGUAUUUUCAGGGCAAAUAACUCCCACAUAAAGGGGCCAGUGCGUUGUAUAUAAUGUAGGCACUGUAUACAAUGAGCUACAUCAAGGUGUUUCUGAAUGUGCAAUACAUACUUAACUGUGUGAGCGUUCUUGGAGCUUUAUCAAUAUAAACUAUUUUUAUAUUUAAAAAAUGUUUGUACAUUAGACUGUUUAGGGGUAAGCCGAGCGUCACCAUGCUCUGGUCGCCUUAGGGAGAUCCUUCAAGGUGAUCAAAACAAUGUAUACUCCUAUUGAACAUUAUACAUGUGUUUUUUAA